GACAAAUGCUCACUUCGCUACAUUCAUUUACAAUCUAUUGCACAAAUAUUACUCAUUGACUCUCAAGAGAUUGUUCAGAGAUAAAAAUAUUAAUUAUCUUGAAUGGACGCGUGAGUGCGUAGAGAAAUAAUGGCAAAUAUGUAAUAAAAUUUUCAAUCCCCUUUGGCGGUCAUGCCAGGACAUGGUUGAGGAAAGCUCACGUUCAAGGUUUUCGGCAAUACGAAAAAAAUCGCAUCGAUAAAACGAGGAAAGAAGAGAAAGUUUCGCUUGUAAUAAAUCUUGAGUCACGAUAAAUCUUGGAAGAAAACUUCAGGAGAAGUUCAACGAUAUUUUUAAGAAAAUUUUCAUUCAACUCGUCCUUACGAUGAGAAUAGAAACGAUGCGACUGUCGUUAAUCUUGAUCUUAUUGCCUGCGGUCACAAGUUCAUUCAAGGACUUGGUACGAAGCAUAUUUCAAUCAGGAAGGAUCGAUGUCGAUAAAAAAGGAAUUACGUAUCCUGUAUUGUAUAGUGGCACAAGAAAUCAACCUCAUAUUCCUGAAUACAUUCCGUUUCCGUGUAAUGUAAAAUUUGGAAGAUCACCAUCAACGCCUAACAAUGUACAUCGUUUAAGACCUGGCGACAUAGACGUGAUCGGUAGUCUAGGCGAUUCAUUGGUCGCAGGAAGUGGAGCUCUCGAGGACUACGCAAUAGGAACAUUUAUAGAAGCACGUGGCGUUAGCUGGUGUAUAGGUGGUCAAGGUGAUUGGAGACAGUUCUUAACUCUUCCUAAUUUAUUGAAGGUGUUCAAUCCCAAUUUAAUCGGAUAUUCAACGGGUACAGGUGAAUUUAUUUCAACGAAUGCGAAACUAAAUAUCGCCUUCCCCGUCGCGGCCACGGAAGAUGCAUUUCAACAAGCUCGAAUUCUCGUUCAAAGGAUCAAAAGCAAUCCGAAAAUAAAUGUAAUGAAGCAAUGGAAGCUAAUUACAAUUUUUUUUGGCGCAAAUGAUAUUUGCUCGGCACAAUGCUUCAAUCCUGAACAAUUUUCUCCCCUUCGAUAUGCUCAUCAUUUACGAAGAACGUUGGAUUACUUAAAAUUUGUUUUACCUCGUACAUUGGUCAAUGUUGUACCGGCUAUAGAUGUUACGGUUUCCGUUAGAAUACCACGAAGUCCCAUAUGUCGCAUAUUGCACACAUUUUACUGUGCUUGCCUGCACAAAGGUAGUCGACCAGACAUCGAAGCUUCGAAAAUGUCGCAUCUUUAUCAACAAGCCAUCGAAGCUUUAAUAUAUUCGGGAAGAUAUGACAAAUCUUCGGACUUCACAGUGGUAUUGCAACCAUUUAGUAAAUUAUUCAAUGCACCAAACGCAGAUCCAAGGAAAGCUCAAUCAAUUGAUCCUACUCUGAUAACGUAUGACUGUUUUCACUUUAGCCAAAAGGGACAUGCAUUAGGGGCGAAUUUAUUAUGGAACAACAUGCUGGAACCAGUCGGGAAUAAAACGGAACGAGGACUGCCACAGGUAUUCGAAAGAUUAUUAUGCCCGAACGAGAAGGCUCCGUACAUUUUUACGAACGUGAAUUCGAGACGUUUCCGAUUGACAGGGCGCCAAGAUGGGAUCAUGGCCAGAUAACGUAAAGUAUGUAAAAAGUACCGAUAGCAAACUUUUCACCUGUGAUAAUUGCCAACACGUGUUCUCGAGCAAGAAUUUCAACUCUUUUAAGUUGAAAAUUUUCAAUGGAAAAUUUUGUGUUUUCUCAUGCAGACAGACUUUAUAUCAAUAUGUAUAAUAGCCGAUAUGUUGUGUACACUAUGGCUAUAUCACUAUGCACAUACAUUACCGAUCAAAGGUUUUGAAUCCAUCAAACGAAUCGAAGAAGUUAACAAAGAAAUGUAUCAGAUCAGAAUUUUGCUAGUUUUUUUAUUAAUAUAUUAAAUACAAUUAUUAUUCAAUGAUUGAUCAGAAAAAUUGUCUCAUAAAUAAAUUUAUCUUUUUAAUUGCAAAAAAUUCUGAUUUCUAAUGAAAUUUUGCAUAUAAAUUAUACACGAAUGUUUUAUGAAAAUGAGGCCAUAAAAAAAUAUAAAAUUUUUGGCCAUUAAAUUUUCUUUCUCAAUUCAUGGAUGAAUGUUGGCCAUCCUAAUCCCAAACCACCGUCAAAGACGUAAUGGUGUUUCCAAAGCGGUUAUCCGAGUAUAUUAAUCGAUGUGACGUAGAUUGACUUCGAUGAUCAAAGGAAUCCAGUGAAUCAUGAUACAUAGUAAAAUCUUUGAUAAAUUUGUUUGUUCGAACAAAAUCUAUUAAAACGAAUAAAAUUCCUAUCAACAUAUCGUAAAACAUGAAUUAAAAUUAAAAAAAUCGAAACAAAAGAUUCGAUAUAAUUAUAUUUUAAUAAAUAAAUCGAUUCCGAACAAAUUGAUCGGUAGUGUUAUGUCUAUAGUAAUAUAUUCUGCGAUAAUUGAAGAGUAUGUCAAUAAUGAGUGUGUUUUUUAAGUGAAAUAGGAAAAACUAAUUUUUGUUUUUUUUUUGUUUUAUUUUUUUAUUAAAACCUUUGUUCUUCUUAAGAUAAGAUGACCAUUAGCGAUGAAAACGAAUCGAAACUGCGCUAAUAAGCUAUCAUAGCGUUCUAUAUAAAUAAGUACUUAUAUUAUUGAUAAAAAGGGGAUUAUCGUUCGAAGUGUUAAUCUCAUUUCACAUAAUUUGUAUCUCAUUCAUGACUGUAUCCAUAUGUGAAGCUAUCCAAUUAUUGGAAAAUUAAAAUAUGUAGAAAUAAAUAAUGGAAUAAAUAUAAAAGAUAAUAUUAUUUAUUUCUGUUUGAUUAUAAUUUUCAUUCAAAUAAUUUAUCUUAAAUUAAGAUAUAUAUAUAUAUAUAAAUGUAAUUUAUACUAUCACUUGAAUAGUUAUUUGUUACUUAUUAUUUAUAUUAAUAACGGGUAUGUACGUAAUGAUAAUUUGAAUUUUAUUCGAAUAUAAGUAAGGAAUAAUAGUAAUUUAUUUCUUGCUGACAAAUUAAUAUGUUUUCAUUCAAUUUAUUUCGAAUUAAGAUAUUUGCACUGUUUUGAUUUAAACUAUCAUUCGAAUAAUACAUGUUUCUUAUUCGUUAUUUAUAUCAUCGAUGAGCAAUUUUUCUCUCUUUAUAUUUGGUUAAUAAUAUUUGACAUUUUUAAAAUGUUUAAUUACCGGAUAUUAUUUGUAACUCAUUUCUAUCGAAUGAAAAUGCAAAAGAUGAGUAACGUCAUAUUCGUAAUAAAAAAAAAAAAUACAGAAAAGAAACCGACUUUAAAAUUGUUUUCAUCCGUCGUUCCAUACGUCAUUUCAACUUUUUGCAAAUUUACAUAAGCAAAUAAUUAUUUGUUUUCUUUUUGUAAUCAAACGGUAAUCAUCGUGUGCUUGCGAUCGUAAUUACACGAACUCCGUUUAACGAAACGGAAAGCCAUAUUAUCUCGCGAUUUUGCGACAAGCGCAUAAUUAAAAUGUAAAAAAAAUAUGUAAUUAAAAAUAACCAGUAGCAGUUUAAUAAAUAAAAAUUAAAAUGUGUAACUCA